UGUGACUUCCUCUACUUCCGCAUUCUCGCUUCUUGCCCGCCGCUCUCCCUUGUUCUCUUCCCUCAUGGCGGAGCGUGGUGGUGGAGAUCGUGGCGGCUUUGGCCGUGGAUUCGGGCGCGGGCGGGGUGAUCGUGGUCGCGGCGACCGCGGCCGUGGGAGACGCGGAGGGCGGCGUGACGAGGAGGAGAAAUGGGUGCCAGUCACCAAGCUCGGCCGCCUCGUCAAGGAGGGAAAAAUCACCAGCCUCGAGCAGAUUUACCUCCACUCGCUCCCCGUCAAGGAGCACCAGAUCGUCGACACCCUCCUCGGCGGCCGCCUCAAGGAUGAGGUCAUGAAGAUCAUGCCCGUGCAGAAGCAGACUCGUGCUGGACAGCGCACCCGCUUCAAGGCCUUCGUUGUCGUCGGCGACAGCGAUGGCCACGUCGGUCUUGGCGUUAAGUGCGCCAAGGAGGUCGCCACUGCCAUUCGUGGCGCCAUCAUUUUGGCCAAGCUUUCAGUCGUCCCCGUCAGGAGGGGAUUCUGGGGGAACAAGAUCGGGAAGCCCCACACUGUGCCCUGCAAGGUUACUGGAAAGUGCGGCUCUGUCACCGUCCGCUUGGUUCCGGCACCGAGAGGGGCAGGGAUCGUGGCUGCCCGUGUGCCGAAGAAGGUUCUCCAGUUUGCUGGAAUCGAGGACGUGUACACCUCAUCCCGCGGCUCGACCAAGACUCUGGGAAACUUUGUGAAGGCUACCUUUGAUUGCCUCAUGAAAACCUAUGGGUUCCUGACACCCGACUUGUGGUUGGACACUCGCUUCAGCAAAUCUCCCUUCCAGGAAUACACCGACUUGCUUGCAAAGCCUACCAAGGCAAGUCUCAUCGAAAGCACCGAGAGGGUCGAAGCUUAGGACUUUACGGAGUCGAUUCUCUCCCACCGCCCAUCUUACUUGCACAAGUAUGCUGAAAUAGGACUUUAAGUACUCGGUUUUUGUUUCUGUUAUGUCCUGAAAUUUAUGUUUUGCAUUAGUCUUUCUUCUUGCCUUGACAAUUUCUCCAUUAUAUUAUGUGCUACUUCUUAACAUAA